AUUUCUUGGAGUACGCAGCUGAUUUCGUGGUCAUAUAAAAGCAAGAGAUUCGACAAAAACAUUCAAAUCCAAACAGUACUGCAUCGAGCAGCGGCAACACAUGAUUCAAAUUUAAUGAAUUUGUAUGUUGUCUAACAUGGCCAAAAAUAAUUGUGCCGGAAUUAGUUCAGUGCUUGUGUUCAUUACCGUUAUUUUAUCUCUUUGUGGUAGUAUCACAUCUGUCAAGGUAACCAUAUAUUAUGAAGGGUUAUGUUACGACAGUAUCAAAUUCAUAGGCCAACAACUGUAUCCUCAUUGGACUCAACUUUCACCAUUUGUCUCUUUGGAAUUAGUACCAUAUGGAAAAGCAAUCCAUAAUUUAAAUGGUAACAAGUACGAAUUCUUUUGUCAACAUGGAUCAGCAGAAUGUAGAUCAAAUAAAUUGCAGGCCUGUCUUUUAAAUCAGAACCUCGGUUCUGUCAAAGAUGUCUCCUUAGUAUACUGUAUAAUGUCUUCUAGGAAUCCCGGAUCAUUUGACAUUGCAGUAGACUGUGCAAACGAAUUAGGCUACAACGUGAAGCGCUUUAAAAAAUGUGCACUCACUACGGAAGCGGACAAUCUUCUCGCUCAAAACGGUGACAAGACUUCGGCGCUAAAGCCAGAUCUUCAGUUCGUUCCGACCAUCGUCUACGACGAUGAGUACAGCAAAAUGCAUCAAGACCAAUCUUUGAUCGACUUCGUAGCAGUUGUUUGCAGCAAGCUCGUUCAACUGAACGCACCUAAAGUGUGCCAAAACAGGCAAUUGCCAGUUAUCGAGCCAGUGAUACAAUUUUAAAAAAUGUACUGUUUCGGUUUCGUCAUAAUCUAUUUCGAUUUUUGAAUCGAAAAACAAUCAUCAUCAACGAUGAAAUAGAUUUUGCAGAAACUAAAACAAAUUAUAUUUGUAUAGCGAAUACAAAUUGGGAUAUAGACUUACCUGUUGAUAAAGAAAAUAUUUUAAAUGUACUAUCUAGGUGGCAGGUACUGUCAUAACGCAGACAU